AUGGGCAACAAAAAAAAUAAAUCAAGUGGGUCCCGAAAGAAUCAUUCUCAGCAUUAUUCUCAGCCAACAAUGACCGUAGAGGAGUGCUUGAAGGAGUACGAGAACACAGGAAAUUUCGCCAAGUUCUACCCGAAUUACAUUUUCCAACGGUUGCCAAAAGAGUUCCUCCAAAAAUACUUAGCCUCUAAAAAAAAUAAAAAUAUUUCUAAAAAUCCAUCACUAAGUUGUUCAAACUCUACAUUGGACAAUAUGAAAGAGACGUCGAAAAGUAUCUAUGUGGACGUGGAUCCAGAUGAUCCUCUCUCCGAUGAAGCAUUCACUGCUCAACAUCCUGUGGAAGAAUGGUUUCGACUUCCUCUCGAAUGGCGCAUUGAGAUCGAAAGGCAGCGUUUUGUGAAAAAAGAACGCGCCGACCGUGCUGCUGAAGCUGCCAGGAACUCCGCUGAACUUCUAAAGCCAGACGCUUAAAAGUGCAUCAACGAUUCGUUUUAACGUUGUAAAAUGUUAUUUUCGAUGUUUUCUUUUCAUCCAGUUAUUCGUAUUAAUUUGCCAUUCAUCAGCUGAAAUUCAUCCCAACAACCUGCCGAAAGAAUUUUAUUUUCUGUUCUAUCUUUCAAAUUUCCUUUUCUUUUCUUCAUUUUCUGUUGGCAGCUGCUCGUAUUUCCAUCACCGGUUCCCGUGAAUUUGCAGUUUUAAUGAAAGUUUUAUU